ACCUGUUAAUCAGUGAGUUUUAUGGCAGCUCAAAGGUUGAAUUCUGGACUCUACAUUAACACAACCUCAAACAGAUCUGAACUUAAGCAGGAAUCAGUUUGUGAUCGUUGGUUCCUGCAGAGAGACGAUCAGAUUCACCUUCAGACCAAACUAGCAGCUUCCUCUCAGUGAGUCCAGCUGCAGGACAGAAAAGUGGAAACCUCCAACUCUGCUGCUUCAAGUUGCUCACACUGGAGCUUCACUCAGAGACAAAAUGGCUUCCAGAUCAGAGGAGGAUCUCUGCUGUCCGGUCUGUCAGGACGUCUUUAAGGAUCCGGUUGUUCUGUCAUGUAGCCACAGCUUCUGUAAGGAAUGUCUGAAGAACUGGUGGAGAGAGAAACCAGCAAGAGAGUGUCCAGUUUGCAAGAGGAAAUCUUCAAGGUUGGAACCACCCUGUAAUCUGGUUCUGGAGAGACUCUGUGAAUCAUUCCUACAGCAGAGAAACCAAAAACUUUCAGAAAGUCUCUGCAGUCUGCACUCUGAGAAACUCAAACUCUUCUGUCUGAACCAUCAACACCCAGUGUGUCUUGUAUGCAGAGAUUCAGAAAAACACAUCAACCACAAAUUCAGACCCAUCAAUGAAGCUGCUCAGCAACACAGAGAGAGUCUGGAAACAUCUCUGAAACUUUUAAAGAAGAAACUGGAGCUGAAGAAGGAAGUUAAAGAGAAGUUUGAUCAGACAACAGAACACAUGAAGGUCCAGGCCCGACACACAGAGAGGCAGAUUGUUGAGCAGUUUAAGAAGCUUCAUCAGUUUCUAGCAGAGGAAGAGGAGGCCAGGCUGGCUGCACUGAGGGAGGAAGAGGAGCAGAAGAGAGGGAUGAUGAAGGAGAAGAUGGAGGCUCUGAGCAGAGAGAUAGCAGCUCUUUCAGACACAGUCAGAGCCACAGAGAAGGAGCUGAGAGCUGCAGACGUCUCAUUCCUGCACAACUACAAGGCUGCAGUGGAAAGAGUCCAGUGCUGCCCCCUGCUGGAGGAUCCACAGCUGCCCUCAGGAGCUCUGAUAGACCAGGCCAAACAUCUGGGCAACCUGGCCUUCAACAUCUGGAGCGACAUGAUGACCAGGGUGUCUUACACCCCCAUCGUCCUGGAUCCAAACACGGCGAAUCCGAUAUUAAUCCUGUCUGAAGAUCUGACUGGUGUGACUGUAGGAGAGGAACAGCAGCUUCCUCAUAAUCCAGAGAGAUUUGAUCACUGGUGGUCUGUCCUGAGCUCUCAGGGUUUUAACUCAGGGAACCACCGCUGGGAUGUUGAUGUUGGAGAUGGUAGAGCCUGGAUGCUUGGUGUUUUACCACAGUCAGUCCAGAGGAAAGGAGAGAUUCUGUCUGGACGGUUGGCUUUACAGUUCUAUAAGGGUAAAUACAUAGCACGUUCUCCAGCAGCUCCUCUCAUAGAUCUAUCUGUCCAGAAAAAUAUCCAGAGGAUCAGAGUGAAUCUGGACUAUGACAGAGGAAAGCUGUGGUUCACUGAUCUAGAUACUAACACACACAUUCACAUCUUCACACACACCUUCACUGACAAGAUGUUUCCAUACAUCAUCACUGCAGAUAAAGUAAAAAUCCUGCCGAUGAAGAUCUCAGUGGUCAAAUACAAGCUAUGAUGUUCUCAGCAUGAAGAACACAAAGUCUAAUGAAACCUGAUUGGUCAGGAUGCAGGUGUGCUGAUCCUGAACAGGUGAGGACAGUGGAAAGCUCUGCUGAUGGAAA